AUGGAACUCUCUCUGUAUUCAUCGCUGCUGGUAGUGUUCGUCACUUGGAUUUUGUCGUUCCAAUUGACGACGUAUUUGCGCUCGCGCCGCUACAAUGCAGAUGCGCCGUUGAUCGCGAAUUCGUGGUGGGAAAUUGUGACGUGUAGGGGGUUGUCGGAGAAGGAAUUGUUGGUUGGUGCGUAUCAGAAGUAUUCGAAAAAUGGAAAGGCGUUUCGUAUGAAUGGAACGCUGGGUCCUCAGUGGGCGUUACCUACUUCUGUCUUUGCGCAGGCGGGAAAGAUGGGGACGGGGGAUUUGGAUCCGUAUGAGGCGAAUGAAGAUUUUCUCCUAUUGCGACCCUUCAUCUCCCCCGAAAGCGAAGACAUGAUGACGUUCGUCAUCUCCAAACUAACCCGUUCGAUUCCCGAGAUGAUCCCGCUCCUCCUUGCGGAAACCACGACUGCGUUUCGAGAAAAUUUUGCGCCGGAAGACGCGAGUGAGAUGGAUGGGGACGGAUGGACACACACGUGUUUGUUCCAGCAUGUGAAUAUUUCGCUGGCGAAGAUCGUGUCGCGCAUACUGUGUGGAGAGAAAUAUUCGAGCGAUGCGGUGUGGGUUGAGAAUGUGGCGACGUUUGCGCGGGGAAUUUUCUUCUCCGGGAUGUUGUUGAGACGCUUGCCGAGGUGGAGUCAUGGGCUUGUGGCGCCGUGGAUGAAGACGACGAAGCAGGUUGCGUUUAUUGAGAAGAUGGUGACGGAGGAUGUGAGGGGUUUGGUUAGUGGGGAUGUGACCGGGGAGGAUUAUGAGAGGGGGGCUAUUUUGCCGAUGUUGGUGGAGGAUGUGAGGGGGAAGAAGGUUUUUGGGGGGAAGAGGGAGGAGGAAUUGCUGUGGGGGGUUAAUAAUCGGAUUUGUAGGUUCUUUUUUGCGACGGUGGAUACGACGACGCUUACUUUUACGCAUAUUCUUUAUGAUGUUAUCGGGCAUAAGAAAGAACUUUAUGUGGAGCCUAUGAGGAAGGAGAUUAGAGAUGUAUCGAAGAAGUUUGGGGGAGUGUGGAAUAGAGAAAGCAUUGGGGAGUUGAAAAGUUUGGAUGCGUUUAUGAGGGAGAGUCAGAGAUUACAUCCGUUGGGAUAUACAUUGGGUAGUCGAAAGGUAGCGAAAAAAGAAGGACUGGAUUUUAUUAGCAAAGGGGAAGAUGGCGAAAAGGCUAUCCAUAUUCCAUAUGGAGAGAGGAUUGAGGGAUUGGCAUGGGCUAUCCAUCAAGAUGCUGAACACUACGAAGAUGCGGAUGUGUUCAAGGGAUUCAGAACUAGGGAUGAGACGGUAGCGGGUUCGAAUCCUAGCGAAAGGUUUAUGAGUUUCGGAUAUGGUCGACACGCCUGUCCAGGUCGCUACGUAGCACUCACGAUUGAGAAAAUCAUGUUGAUUGAGUUCCUCGUGAACUACGAUUGGAAGGAAAUCGAUAGGUUGAAGGAUUGGUCGUUUGGAUGGAACAAUAUUCCAGAUAUGGCUAGUAAGGUUCAUAUUCGAAGGUUGAGCGAAGAGGAAGUGGAGAAGUUGUGGGAGUAG